AUGGAAGGAGUAGGGGCCCGAGUCAUUCGCGGUCCAGACUGGAAGUGGGGCAAACAGGAUGGGGGAGAUGGACACGUCGGCACAGUAAGAAAUUUCGAAUCGCCUGAAGAAGUAGUUGUUGUCUGGGAUAAUGGAACUGCAGCCAAUUAUAGAUGUUCCGGAGCUUAUGAUUUGCGUAUUCUUGACAGUGCUCCUACAGGUGUUAAGCACGAAGGAACUAUGUGUGAUACUUGUCGACAGCAGCCUAUAUUUGGUAUUCGAUGGAAGUGUGCUGAAUGUAGUAACUACGAUCUAUGUUCUGUUUGCUAUCAUGGGGACAAGCAUCAUUUACGUCACAGAUUCUACCGAAUCAGUGCUCCCGGUGCUCAGCGUUGCUUGGUAGAGCCACGGCGUAAAAGUAAGAAGAAUGCUGUCAGGGGUAUAUUUCCUGGAGCAAGGGUUGUUAGAGGGGUUGAUUGGCAAUGGGAGGAUCAAGAUGGCGGAAAUGGUAGGCGUGGUAAAGUAAACGAAAUUCAAGAUUGGUCAGCAGCGAGUCCUCGUUCUGCAGCCUAUGUUGUGUGGGACAAUGGUGCAAAGAAUUUAUACAGAGUUGGUUUUGAAGGCAUGGCAGAUCUAAAGGUUGUAAAUGAUGUUAAAGGCCAGAAUGUUUAUAAGGAACAUCUACCUCUUCUGGGAGAGCUUGGUCCUGGGCGUACAGGACCACAUGGCUUACAAGUUGGAGAUCAGGUGAACGUCGAUCUUGACUUGGAGAUAGUGCAGUCGCUGCAGCAUGGGCACGGCGGCUGGACGGACGGCAUGUUCGAGUGCCUCAGCACCACCGGCGCCGUCAGCGGGAUCGACGAGGACCACGACAUCGUCGUGUCCUAUCCUAGCGGCAACCGUUGGACCUUUAACCCCGCCGUGCUAACUAAGGUGUGCGGUGGCAAUCUGAGCGCGUCCACGUCGGCGAGCGGAGCUGGUGCGGGAAGCAGUUCUGCUGUCGGCUUUGCCGUCGGCGACCUGGUGGAGGUCUGCUCGGACCAGGAGCGCGUGAAGGCGUUGCAGAGAGGGCACGGGGAGUGGGCAGAGGCGAUGGCGCCCACACUAGGCAAAAUAGGACGAGUACAACAGAUUUAUCACGACAACGAUCUCAAAGUGGAAGUUUGUAACACCUCUUGGACGUAUAAUCCUAACGCUGUAACAAAAGUGUUUUCGUCUGACGGCAGCGUGCAUGGCAAUUCAUCAGGCGACCGUCUGUCGGUGCUCCUGAAGAAGCUGUUCGAGUCGCACGUGACCGGUGACGCGAACGAGGAGCUGGUGAAGGCGGCGGCGAACGGCGACGCGGCGCGGUGCGCGGACAUCCUGGCGCGCGGUGACGGCGCCCGCGCGGACGUCAACGGCGUCUACGGCGGCCACACGGCGCUGCAGGCGGCGGCUCAGAACGGGCACGUGGAGGUGAUCCGCGCGCUGGUGGGGGCGGGCGCCGAGGCCGACGCGGAGGACCGCGAUGGCGACAGGGCCGCUCAUCACGCGGCCUUCGGCGACGAGCCGGCCGCGCUGCGGGCCCUGGCCGCGGCGGGCGCCGACCUCAACGCGCGCAACCGCCGCCGCCAGACGCCCCUCCACAUCGCCGUCAACAAGGGCCACCUGGGCGUCGUGAGCACCCUCCUGCAACUGGCAGUGCACCCGAGCUUGCAGGUAUGCGCUUACCCU